AUGGUCUAUGCUACCUGGCCUUGCUCUGUAUUCGUACCUUUCCUUCCAAUACACGUUUGCGGCCUCAUCUCAAUGCCUCCAUUCAUCCAUGUGCUUGAUAUUUACCGUCACUGGUCAUCACCGAGGUACACAAACGAGCAGUGGCGGAAACCAAGACUUUGGAGCUGGAGCAUCGCGCCAACUCUCAUCUUACCAAUCGUCUACUUCAACAAAACGCUUCUUCCACCGCCCAGAGAAACCAAUGCACAGAGUAGCGCCUGGUGUCUGCGCAAGUGCAACGCGGCAAAUUACACGCCGCAGCGGCAUAAACACCCAGAUCCUGUAGCUUGUGUCUGUAACACUCAUCGACGCAGCACAGACUUCAGCUAUCUUCGCCUCUUCGGAUCAGAUGAUGCCAUUGGGAUCGUCGUGCCUGUCCGGCUUGACCUGCCCCGCCUGUCUCGUCGUCUUCUUCACUGUAAUUCUGCUCUCCACAACCUGAACCACUUCUUCAACUGCCCUCUCGUCGUUACCCCUUCCGGCUUCCGGUUGAGUCGAGUCAAGUCGAUACACUGCCUGUCCCUUUCGGUCACAUUCUCGCCACUUUUCAGAGCCCCUUCGAAGCCGACGGGAUGCUUCAUGCCGUUCUCCGUACGGUGUACUGUUCCUAUGGUUGACAGCGCAUUGACUCGUCAUCCUACAAUGUCUUGUUCUCGUCCUUUUCGGCGGGUUGUCUCUGCCGUGUCAUUCUGCUUUGACAAGUGCCAUCGUUCAUCACCGAGAGGCCUCGCCCGCGUAGUCGACGGAUACACGUCCAAGUCCACGCCUGCCGGGCCUAUCUUCAGCCCGAGCAGGGGAGUCGAGUCCAAAGUUUUUAGUGUGGCACCAACUGACAUGGGGGCGUCGUCCAAACCCAGGGACGCAAAGACGCUUCAUGGACCAGGGGUCGGGACUGACGCCGGGGCCGGGGGGGCCAGGAUUCUGAACUAG